AUGUGGGGUACAAGACUGCGAAUACCGUUCAGCAGGUCGAUUCAGACGCCUGGUCGAGUUUUCGCAAGCUCGUUUACAAGAGGACGCCCGAGUCCUCGUAAUCCGCGGAAUUCGAUUCGAAAACCGGAACCCAUUGUGCCUGGUCGAAGAGAGCCAGCACCUUCAAAGCAACCCGAGUCAUCAACAUCAGAGUCCAACACUCUGAAUCCACACUACGACCCCGCUCAGAACACUCUACUUUCACCCGUUCACAUACCCGAGGAUCCCAAUGGGGUACUCAAAGAAACCCAUCCUGCUACGGGGAUACUGGCAAACUCCGGCCUCGUUGUCCAGAGACAGUUGGAGUUGAUGAAUGUUAUGAUUGGAUUCGAGCAAGCCAAUAAAUAUGUGAUUAUGGAUGCAAAUGGAAACCAUAUCGGCUACAUGGCGGAGCAGGAGAAGGGCAUAACGAACAUGAUGGCACGACAAUGGUUUCGAACGCACCGAAGUUUCGUCACGCAUGUAUUUGAUCGCCAUGAGAACGAAGUGCUUCGAUUCCACCGCCCUUUCUCCUGGAUCAACUCUCGCAUUCGAGUAUACGACCCUCUUGAUCUUGCCAAAACCGCUUACCCAUCAUCAACUGCUCUACAAAGUAUCUCGCCGGGGUCACUUAUCCAAGCCACUGGAGGCUCAAAUGCACGCGUUUCGCCGCUGGGCCUUGAAGACAUGCGUGUCGUUGGGGAGGCACAGCAACAGUGGGCGCCGCUAAGGCGGAAGUACAAUCUGUUUACCUACCAUCAUUCCCCCAACAACGCCACGGAGAUGGGGACGCAAACACUACCACUCUCACACACUGGCUUAUCCAACACGCAGCAGAUGCAGUUGGCUCGGACUACUGAGGGUAGCUCUGAUUUAGGAGAAUUUCAUCAGUUUGCUUACGUGGAUGAGCCUUUCCUGUCAUGGGAUUUCUCCCUUCGUUCCGCCGACAGCCGACUUAUCGGCUCGGUCAACCGAAAUUUCGUUGGGUUUGCCCGUGAAAUCUUUACAGAUACAGGUGUUUAUGCUUUGCGAAUGGACUCUGCUGCUGCAGACUCUGAGCAGCCAUCCACGCAAGCGAACGCUGUCGCUGGAAUGACGCUUGAUCAACGAGCGGUCAUGCUCGCCUCUGCUGUGAGCAUUGACUUCGAUUACUUCAGUCGUCACAGUGGUGCUGGUGGUAUGGGUUUCAUGCCUAUCUGGAUCCCCGGUGUAGGCGGCGAGGCUGCUGCUGGUGGUGCCGCCGCUGGUGAGGCUGGGGCUAUCGGGGAAGCGGCUGCAGGCACUAUUGGUCGGGCUGGCGCUGCUGGAGGGAUUGCUGAGGGUGCAGCAGCAGGAGUAGCUGGUGCUGGAGCCAUGGCCGGGUACGAUGCGCUGUCAAGAGGCAUGGGAGGAGAAGCCAACGCUCAGUAUCCUCCUGGCCCAGAACAACAACAGACACCAGUGGAUCAGCAAUCUUCAGCAUCGGCACCUGGCCAACCUGGUCCUUAUGGGGAUGUCUGGGCUGACGAACAAGAGAACCCGUGGUCUCGCGAACCUGAGGAUCCAUGGGGUGCUGAUGAAGCAGCUGACGAUGGCGAAACAGGCGGUGAUGAUUAUGACUGGUUCUGA